CUCUGUGUUCUCCUGGUUCCCAGGUCCAUGAUGUCAAGUUCCAGGCUCAGAACCCGGAGGAGAAGGAGGCUUGGAUUAAGGCCUUUAGUGACGGCAUCAACAGAGCAAAGAAUAAGAUAUUUGACGAGGUGAAGGUAGAUGAGACCAGUCAGUUGGAGCACGCAACACGCACAAGGCCGAAAGGAAACCGUAACAGAAGACCACCGACCAGGAUACACAUGAAAGAGGUUGCCAACGUCUCAUCAGAUGGCAUUCUCCGGCAGGACCUGGACGUGGUGGAUGCCAGCAUCCCCAACGGGACACACCAGAUCACCACAGACACCACUGAGACUCCCAAAAAGUCUGUGAAGCCCCCCAUGCCCCCCACGUCCAAACCCAGCGAGGCCCCAGAGGAGUGUCAGACCACCCAGAGCCCUGACGAAGGUCUGCCAUCUGAAACGGAGCCCAGUCCCCAGAAGGUCCUGAAGCCCCCCAUGCCGCCCUCCAAAGAGGCCGAGACGGCUGCUGCUUCUGCAGGGGACCAACUCCCUGAUGAGACUAGCACUGACAGAAGCCCAGAGAAAAAGGUCCUGAAGCCUCCUAUGCCGCCCUCCAAAGAGGCCAAGCCCACAGUGUCUGCCGAGGACCAACCACCUGGGGAGACCAGCCCUGAGAAAAAGGUCCUGAAGACGCCCAUGCCACCCUCCAAAGAGGCCAAGCCCACUGCUCCAGCCGGAGACCAACCCCCCAGGAACACCAGCCCCGAGGGCAGCCCAGAGCAGGGCUUCGAGUCAGCACCACCGCCCACCCCUCCCGGCAAACCAAUCGGUGGCUCCACAGACAACCUGGCCGAGGCCUCCCAAUCCAGCCAAGAACACAGGCCGCCCACCCCACCAUCCAAAGACAAGAAGCCCACUCAGACAGCCGUGCAGGAGAGUACAGAGGAGGCUAGUGGGAUGAGGAAGAAAGGUGAAGAGGAUGAAGUAGAGGAGAAGGAGGAAGAGGGUUCUGAAAUGGUGGCAUCUGACGUUCAACAAAGCAGUAUCCUUGAGGGGGCUGAGGAUGAGGAGGAGUCUUCUUCCUCUCAGCUUACAACACCCAUGACCCCCCUAGAGGUCAAAGUUGAACCCUCUGUGACUGACCACCCAGAGGUCACCUCCACCAUAGAAGAAGAGACGCAGAAAGUUGCCAAGCCCAUGGCUCAAGAACAAGAGUCUGCCCCUAGUGGUAGAGUGGAUAUAUCCCCCAAUGAAGAACCUCAGACAAUGAAAUCUUCCCAACUCGCAGUAACGCCGUCAGUUCAGACACCUGAGCCAAUCAAAAAGAGCCCUGGCCCUCCCGGACCUCCCACAAAGAAGAAGCCUGUCGUCCUCCCUCCUCCCAAAGCAGUGGUGGUGCCUCAAGACGUCCACCUAAGCGAGCCUAAGAACCAAGCGACAGGCAAAACCAAGAACAUCAUCAUCACCACCAUACCAGGAGAGAAACUCAACUCUAUCACUUCACCAACACCAGCCGUGGUGACCACAACUGAAGAAACAGAGGACCUGAAAGUUCCUGUGGUCGUUGAGACUAAGUCUGAGUUCCCAGUCGUAGUUCUCUCUCUGAGUGACCCUGAGCCAGACAGCUCCUGCUCCAGCCCCGUGUCCUGCCACCUCUCCCCGGAAAAGAAGAGUGAGCGUGAAGAGGAAAAGUCAGUCGACAGCGGCCAACACUCUGACAUCGAUGUCGAUGAAGAAUGGUCAGAGAGCAGGGACACUUUGGCAGCCUCUACCGCUGCCCUAAUGGGCAGCCAAGCUGGCCUGGACGCGCUGAUGGAUGAGAGUCAAGACGGAGACACGGAGACCCCUGGCAGCUUGGGACUCAGCACUGUGGAGGACUGCCCUUCUACGACCCAGACCCCCCAGGACAAUCACUCUGGCCUACACUCCACCUUCCUCCAGGUGAGGGUCAGUCAGGCCUCCCAUUGUCCCCCCAUCCCCUUCAAACCCUUAGCCAAGCUGAUGUCCACCUCUUUGGGGGAUCUCCUCUCUGAGGCCUCAUUGGGUGAAAACAUGAAACAGCCAAUCACAGACGAGGCUGUGACAAAGGCCACCGUGGGUCCUCAAAACUUAACAGAUCUUGAAAAUGAAGUGGCCCUGAAGCUGGAAAAUACAGAGGAGCUCCUGGGGAGCGUCGUCCCCAAAGGGAGCACCGAGGUUGGGCAGAACUCGGCCCUAGCGGGGGGCAAUAGCCUGGAGGACAGGUCGCCGGAGGAGCUGCUAGCCAGAGCCAUGGAGAAGCUGAGGAAAGCAGACCAGUUCCUCAGGCAGGCCAAGCAUAUAAAAGACUCGAAACAUUCUGAGAAUACUGCCAAGAGAAACAGCUGGUGAUUGUUAAAUAUAAAGGAGAAGUAGGGAACAUGUAUUGAUUAAGGGUGAUGGAAAGUAGUAACUUGGAAGGACGACAGGUGUUUUCUUAUUCUGGCUGAUUAUGCAGCAUAUUUAUGCAAGUGUUCUGCUGAGAUUUAGCUAAGUGCAAUUUUUUCAACUUUCGCUUUUCUCCUGCAAAUGGAGGUUGAUUGUACUUUUUGUACUUAAAAAUGUAUUUUUACAUUCCACAUUGAUCAUCAUCACUUUCCCAAGGAUAUUUACUUGAAUACUUACAACCCCCGAUCAAACUUUUUAAAGGAUGUUUCAAAAUGACGUAAGUCUUAGGAAAUGUCGGAAGAGCGUGCAACUUUUUGUAAUCCACAUUUUGAAUGGAUACAGAUUGGUUUCCUCUGUAAUCCCUGCCAAUCAAAACAUGAUGACAUUUGAAGUAAUCGUGUUCAUGUAGUUGUAGUAAUCAUGUAUGAGGUGGGUUGUGUUUAUGUAGUUGUAGUAAUCAUGUAUGAGGUGGGUUGUGUUCAUGUAGUUGUAGUAAUCAUGUAUGAGGUGGGUUGUGUUCAUGUAGUUGUAGUAAUCAUGUAUGAGGUGGGUUGUGUUCAUGUAGUUGUAGUAAUCAUGUAUGAGGUGGGUUGUGUUCAUGUAGUUGUAGUAAUCAUGUAUGAGGUGGGUUGUGUUUAUGUAGUUGUAGUAAUCAUGUAUGAGGUGGGUUGUGUUUAUGUAGUUCAUGAAAAUAUAAUUUUCUUGAGAAGUUA